AUGACGUCCACCGCGGUGGACAAAGACGCACCGUACAACACGCACAUCGCGAGCAAUCACGACGGGACGUCCUGCGCCGUCGCGACGACUUCGGGGCGCGUGCGCGUGUACGCGAGAGAGCGCGCGACGGGUGCGUUCGCUCACGGCGAACGCGAAAUCAGGCUGAACGCGAGCGUGAAUGAGUGCGAGUUCGGAUCGGCGGCGGAUCCAUUCUCAAUCGUGUGCGCGUGCGGCGAUGGCACGACGCGCGUGUACGACGCGCGGUCGCAGGACGACAGACCGACGGCGAGCUUUAGGGCGCCGUUUAACGAGCGAGACGUCGCGAGCGCAUCGCUCGGUGGUAGUGCGUCAGACUUCCUCGUCGCCACCGCGGUGGGUCCGCACGUGGCGUUUUACGAUCGUCGUCAGCAAGGUAACGCGUCGUUGUUCCAAGACGCGCACUCAGAGGCGGUGACGCGAGUAAGAUUUCACCCCGAGAGACGAAGUGAAUUGUAUACAUCCAGCGUCGACGGUUUGGUGUGCGCGUUCGACUGCGCACAUACGCCUUUGAACGAUGAAGAGUCUUUGAUCAGCGUCAUGUCCGCCGAAGCGGCGGUGAAUAAUAUCGGCUUUUGCCGCUCCGGCUCCAGCGGCGACGCGCGCGACGCGCUCUGGUGCGUCACGGGCGUGGAAGACGCGCACAUAUUUGUCGCAUCGAGCGACAGGCGACGGGUGGGAGUGCACUUGGUUCACUUAAAGAACGCGCGAGAGUUGGUGCGAACCGCGGCAACGUCGUCUCCAGAAGUCUCGGCGUCGGCGCCCGAGUUUGCCGCGCAAGUCGAUUACGUAUUGGGUAUUCACGACGGCGUCGCGCCCGGCGAACUGUUCCUCUCCGCUGGUACGCAAAGCGGUGUGGUUGGCAUUUUCCCGCUCGUACAAGGGUCGCCGUCGAUGCGCGGAACGAGUGCGUACGUCGGUCUCGGCGCUCCCGCAGCCGUCCUCAGGCGCGGUCACCGCGACAUCGUUCGCUCGAUAGUUUGGGAUGCGAACGCGACGGCGAGCGAAUCCGCUCGAGUGCCCGCCACGGUCGGCGAGGACGCGUUGGUCUGCGCGUGGACACCAGACGUGGGGAAUGAAGAGCGUCCUCCCGUUGACCGUGCGCGUCCGCCCGGUCGUCGACACUCGCCAUAUUAG